AUGACAGCUACACACGAACCCGCAAACCCCUCCAUAGCACGUGGCCUUUACAUAUCCCACUUCCUCUCAACAUGGAACUCGCGCGUCUUCGAGUUCGGGUCCGUGCUGUACCUGGCAUCUAUCUUCCCGAACACGCUUCUUCCGAUGUCCGUUUAUGCGUUGGCGCGUGGGGCUUCGGCGAUUGUGUUCUCGCAGGCUGUGGGGUGGUAUAUUGACACGAGGGAUCGGCUGCGUGUUGUGAGAGCUUCUAUUGUUAUCCAGAGGUUGGCUGUGGCGGCUUCUUGUGUGGUGUUUCGGUUACUGGCUACCGGGAGGAUGUUGUCGGAUUUGGAGCUUUGGCUGUUAGGGGUCCUUUCGUUGUUCGCUUGUGUGGAAAAGCUUUGUGAUAUUAUGAAUACGAUAUCGGUUGAGAGGGAUUGGGUUGUCGUGGUUGCUAUGGAUGGAGCGGAGGCUUUAGAGGUCCUCAAUGCGGAAAUGCGUCGCAUAGACCUGAUCUGCAAGCUCGUGGGGCCGUUCGUCAUAGCGAUGAUUGACGGGUUUUCGACGGAAAUUGCAAUCGUAGUUAACUUUGCGAUGAAUAUUUUGUCCAUAUUUGUUGAAUACUACGCCAUUGAACGAGUCUACCAAAUGGUCCCAUCACUCCAAGCACCAAAACAGCCACCGGCACCUGCCAUUGAUGAACAAACAUCCAUCACAAAUGGGAGCCGAGUCGACCGCUGGUCAACCAAGGAGUUCCUCCUCGGAACCCUCCGCGGAUCAACACGCUACUUCCAGCAUCAAGUCUUUCUACCCUCCUUCGCACUUGCCAUACUAAACUUCACCGUUCUUUCCUUCUCGGGCCGUAUGGUAGCAUAUCUUCUUUCCGUGGGUUAUAACUCAUAUCAUGUCGCAAUUGCAAGAAGCGCGUCAGUAGCCGUUGAGAUAUCAGCGACAUGGAUUGGUCCGCUUCUUAUGGCAAAGAUUGGUGUAUUGAGGGCGGGAAUGUGGUUAUUGAGUUGGCAGACGGUAGCAUUGGCUGGGGCUGCUGGGACGUUCUUGGUGGUUAAGCCGGAGACCCUGGCUGCGACGGCUCUUGUAGCUGGUACGGUGCUCAGCCGUGUGGGAAUGUGGGGGUUCAGUCUCAGUGCACAGAUUCUCGUGCAGGAGGAAGUUGAGCCGGAAAACAGAGGCGCGUUCUCCUCGACAGAAGCUUCAUGGCAUAAUACAUUUGAAUUGCUUUCCUACGCGACGACGAUCUUUUUCUCCCGCCCGGAACAGUUUCAGUGGCCGGUUUUGAUGAGUUUUAUCGCUGUGUUUACAUCGUGUAAUCUUUUUGCGGCGUUUGUUAAGGUGAGGGCGAAAUGUUUUGGUGGGAAAUGGGAUGAGAGGGUUGAAUUUGGAUAUGAGACUCUGCCGUAG